GCGAUUCUGUGGGGACUAUUGGUUAUAACUACAAUUUACUCGACGUCGAAAUGCUUUCUGCACAAAGUAGGGCAUGGCGUCUCCAAUUCCUAUUCGAACGCCGAGUUGUUUCGAGUAACAGUGGGGGACUGCUUAAACUACUGCAUUUUGAACGCAGCCAAAACAGGAGAUGGUUGCGCCUCUGUGGUCUACCACACACUUCAUUCAACAUGUCAGCUAUAUGGGCAUAAUGGUCAUUUCAAUGUGGUUCCGGCCAUCGGUCACGACUUCUACGAGCGCACCAGUUGGGUAGGCGUCUGCCAAGAUAAAGUUGGUAGACUUAUUCGAAAACUUGAUUACUUGAUUUCAGAAUGUCAGAGGGAUGAGACAGUCAGCUACUUUGUCUUUUUCGGAUAUCGACUGACGUCCACUAAGGUUGCAGCUCGGCUCAAAGGAGUUGAUCAAAGCAGUUGCAUAAUGUACUGCUCGCAGAAUAUUGACGCCAGUGGAGUAGCAGUCCCUUGUUACGCUGCAAAUUACGAACCUGCAGACGAGGAGUGCUACCUCUACGGAAUUCGUCCAAGGCUUGAUCGAAACACUGCGCAACUAGACGUCAAUGCGAAAUUCAUUUUUGCCGACAAGUUUUGCGUGCAGACGAAAAAGGACUGCUCCGCCGAAACGCCAUACAUUGUUUAUCCAACAAAACAGAUGCAUAAAAAGAUUAUAAUGUCGUAUCCUGGUAUGAACUCUGUGGUCGCCUGUAUUGCAGCUUGCAUCGAUAACAGGAAAUGUAAAGCUGCAACCUACAAAGUCGGCCUGUGUAUUCUACAUGCAGCAUCUCCCGCGUCAGAUUCCUCCCUCCUUGUUGACGGUCACGACCAGACCAUGGUGAUUGAGAACGGAUGUCAGCUGACGACCGAACUUGUUCCAUCAUUGCUGUCAAACAAUCUUGGUCAGUAUGGCGCAGUAAGGUGUCCGCCUAUCCAACUCAGCGAUGCUCAAUGA